UCGAGGUGUAAACACAGACCAGGAAGAAAAAAGGUGGGGAGAGACACUAAUAAAACAGAGAAACCCCGGAGGAUUACGUACCGAUUAUCAGGACUUAGCACUGAACAUGGAAAAAGAAGCCCAGCAGUGUGUUAUAAAAUGUGACCUGUGUAGCUCUAUGGAAAAUGUAGAGAGCUUUUGUAAGAACUGCAGAGAGACCUUAUGUGACCACUGCUGUGAGAUCCAUUCAAAGAGUGUAGCCUCAAGAGAUCACGAGAUCAUAUCACGUGUACAAGCUUCAGCUUAUGGCAUUGUGGACGACAUGAAAUGUCCUUCCCACAGUGGUAAGCACUGCGAAAUGUACUGCAUCACAUGUGAUUCGGUAGUCUGCACAAGAUGUGUUACCGAUAACCAUCGUGGACAUGAGUUUGAUGAACUCAAAGAACUUUUCAGAAGAAAACCAAAAGAAUUUGAAAACUUAGUCAAGAUUUUUAAUCAGAAAAUUACACCAAAAUAUCUUAAAGAAUGUGAACUUCUAGAGGAAAGGCUGGCACAAAUUGACAAAAAUCAAGCUUCCAUGGAAUCUGAGAUUCACUUUCAAGCUGAAGAGUUCAAGAUGAUCAUAGACACGUUAGAAGAAAAACUUAAAAGAAUGUUGCAGGGUGUGAUCAACAAUGAAAAAGCACCAGUGAAAAAGUUACUGAUGUCAAGAAAAGCGCAAUAUGCUCAGCUGCAAAAGUCCAUAAAGAAACUGCAAUCAAUAUUUGAAAAUCAACACAUGACAAAUCUUCCUCUUCUCCUAACAAAGAUAAGACAAACAUUAGAAGCAACUGUUCUGCAAGAGGAUGUAACCGUUUCUACUGAAAUGGCUUCAUUUGAAAAAGGUGAAAUAUCCAUGGAGAAACUAGAAACAUUAUUUGGACAAUUUAGUGUUGCUGCAACAGAGGAUUUGAGAAAGAGAACAUUACCUCCUGUAAAGGUAGCAGUGUCCAUUGAAAACGUGAUUGAAAUGUCCAACUUAAAAGUCCAGGUACCUGAUGUGUCUUCUGUUAUUAUAAUUAGCGACAAAGAGUUACUCGUCUACGGAAACAAGUUUGGCUACCAGAUUACAAAAGAAAAGGGACAAGUACAGACGGAAGUUUUCCAGAAAUAUGGACUCCAGCAUCCUGUAGCCGUGUUAUCCAAUGGACUUCUACUGGCCAGAGAUGAGCAAAAUCCAAAUAAAAUAUUGCAGAUCUUAUCAAACCAUGUCAAGAAGCCAUUCUUGGAAGUGGAGGUGACAGGAAUUCAUGUGACACGAAGGAGUGAGAUUCUGAUCUCAGUAGCUCAAGUGGAAGACUCUUGUGGAGAAGUCUUAAAAUAUAACAGAGUCGGGGAGAUGGUGUUGCGAAUUUAUGAGAAAUGUUCUGGAGAGGCCUUGUUUGCUAAACCAACAUCCCUUACUGAAAACUUGAAUGGGGAUAUCUGGGUCAUAGAUGUAGAGACCAACUCUACUGAAACCAUGGAUAAGUACGGACUUUACAGAUUUUCCUAUAGAAAUAGCGACAUUCUAAAAAACUUUACACCUCAUACCCUGACCAAUGAUUCUAAUGGAAACAUUUUGAUAUCAGAUACCAGGAAUGGAACCAUUCAUGUAGUGGACCGUGAUGGGCGGGCAUUAAGGUAUCUGGACACGGCCAGCCUGGGCAUUAGACCCAGUGGUAUAGCGGUGGAGGGCCCAGGACAGCUCUGGGUGGUAGACGGACUUAAGAAAAAAUGUUACCUACUGAAUUACUUCUAACCUGCAUUUUAUCUCUUAAAAUGAAUAAAUGCCCAAAAUAAAUUUUAAUUAUCCCUUAACAAGUACAAUUAUUUCUUUAUAAAAAAUGACAGUACAAUACACAAUUUAUAUUACUAUAGAUCACUACAUUUUUGAGACACCUUAUUUUCACGAGACUGUCUUUGACUCUUUAGAAGCAAGACAAAAUUUUCACGAAUUUUGGCUAUUGUACUA